AUGUCCUUUUCGAAGAAGUUUAGGAAUGAUCCAAACCUGGAUGAGAAUAAAAAAAUUUUAAGAGAUUUUAUUUUAGAUAAGAAGUGUACAGGAAAAUAUAAAAGUGGUGAGAUUCCGACUUAUGAAGAAACAGAUAUUGCAGUUUCAAGUGAUGAUGAAAAAGAUAUGAAAAGGCAAGAAUUAUUUGAAUAUAAGUAUAUUUUCCGAUUUAAACAGCCGGAUUCAAAAUUCAUUAAACGAUAUAUAAAGAUGAUUGAAGAUUCUCUCAGACGUAUUGAUAAUAAAAGAAAGAAGAAGCAUGAAGAAUACUUGAAAGAAGAGCCUUGUCAAAAUGAAUUGAAUCUUAACGAAAAUGAUGCUGAAUAUGAUUUUGAUCCUGAAAAACUUGACCAGAAAACGAAAGAGCUUUUAAAUGAUGAUUAUUAUGCUAUUCGAGAAGAAAGAUGUCCAAAAUUUCCGUAUGAUGAGGAUUCCGAUAACGAAGACUGGAAUCAUCGGAUUGAACCAAGUAAAAGUGACGAGUGUGGUGAAGAACAGCUUGAAAAAAAUGCUUCUGAAACAUCAGGUGUUGAGAUUAUGAAUUCCAAAAUUUAUUCUAAAUCACAGGUUAAGAAACAAAUGAUUAAGUCAACUCAACACAGGAAGGAUAAAGGUUAG